GAGCCGCACGGAGCAACAUCGGACUGGAGGCGGGUGAGAAGGUUCUGGAAGAGGCUCUGUGAAGGGAAGGGUCCCCUAAAUUUGAGGAUUCGAAAUAGUGUCCGCACAGAAGGUUAUUCAGUGACGACAAACAUGGUCAAGGAAACAGGCUUUUACGACACAUUAGGUGUGAAGCCUAAUGCUACUCCUGAUGAACUGAAAAGAGCCUAUCGCAAGCUAGCUCUGAAAUAUCACCCUGAUAAAAAUCCUACAGAAGGAGAAAAGUUUAAGCAGAUUUCACAGGCCUAUGAGGUGCUGUCAGAUGCCAAGAAGAGAGAGUUGUACGAUCGUGGUGGUGAGAAGGCCAUAAAGGAAGGAGGGGUUGGUGGAGGUGGCGGUGGGGGCUUUGCAUCACCCAUGGACAUCUUUGACCUGUUUUUUGGUGGAGGUAGUCGCAUGCACAGAGAGAGAAAAGGAAAGAACAUUGUUCACCAGAUUACAGUGACGCUGGAAGAUCUUUAUAACGGAGCAACAAGAAAACUUGCUCUGCAGAAGAACACUAUUUGUGAGAGAUGUGAAGGUCGUGGGAGUCGGAAAGGGGCUGCACAGAUGUGCAUGACAUGUCAUGGCACAGGCAUGCAAGUCCGCAUGCACCAACUCAUACCAGGUAUGGUCCAGCAGGUGUCCACAGUGUGCCACAGCUGUCAGGGUCAAGGACAGAGAAUCAGCCACAAAGACCGGUGCAAAGCAUGUGCGGGGCGAAAGAUCCUGCGCCAGAAGAAGAUCCUGGAGGUCCACAUUGAUAAAGGAAUGAGAGAUGGCCAGAAGAUUGUUUUCCAUGGAGAGGGAGACCAGGAACCAGGAAUCGAACCAGGUGACAUCAUCAUCGUGUUGGACCAGAUAGAGCAUCCACAUUUCACCAGGAAAGUAGAUGAUCUGGUCAUGUCAAUGGAGUUACAGCUGGUUGAAGCUCUGUGUGGAUUUCAGAAACCUGUUCAGACACUAGACAACAGAACCCUCCUCAUCACUUCACACCCAGGAGAAUUGAUCAAGCCUGGAGACACAAAGUGUGUCUUAAAUGAAGGGAUGCCGAUGCAUCGCAGACCAUUUGAGAAGGGACGUCUAAUCAUUCACUUCUCGGUGGUGUUCCCGCAACCCAACUUUCUACCUGAUAACAAGCUGAAGGAGUUGGAGAGCUACCUCCCAGAGAAGCUGGACCCAGAGCAGCCAGAAAGCAUGGAAGACGACCUCUACAUCUACGCCGACCUUGAGGACUGUGACUUUGAGAACAGAAGGCGACACAACCAUCAGUACUACUACAUGGACGAGGACGACUAUGCCAGCACUGGAGGCGUUCAGUGCCAAACAUCUUAAACGUCAGCCCGGGUUUUUCUUAUUCAAGAAGCCCUCCUCCUCAUCUCUAAAGCAAAGCACCUUUCUGGAAGUUUGUGCACUUUUUAUUUAAUUAAUUGUCUUAAAAUCAGAAGUGUUUACUCGUCUAAGUUUACUUUCAGGCUGAGUCAGACCUGUGUCCCAUCACCCUCCUGAUUUAACGACAUGGUUUUGGACGGACUGGAGAAGGAGAGUCCAGGUGUUUUUAUUUUAGUUUUUCCAAUCACACUGUGAUAGAGACGAGGGUAUCACAGGGACUUCAGAGAAAAGAAAACAAAGACUGCUUGCUUUUUAUGCAGUUCCACAGAAAAUGAUGCCAAUAUUUAUGUAAAUUAACAUUUUUCAGAGUGUUACAGUCAGAAUCAGCUGUUGUAAUUAACCACUUGUCUACGUGUUCAAGCUGUUGUGUGUGAAGACUCAACAUGUAAAUGGUGGCUGAGGCAGAUGUGCAUUCAGGCUUCAGUUGAACAUUCAUGCUGUUUUACCCUAUAAAGGGCUAUUUUCUAGACAUUUCUAAACAAUGUUAUAAAUGUGAGUUGGGGGUUGAAAAUGAUUCAGGUGUGGCAAGAUGUAGGAUGAAACCACUAAAAAGUGGAUUAUGUUGAAAUUAAGUUUAAUUUUUCCACUUUGUAGCUCUAAAUGAUAGACUGAUGGGAUGAGCUUUCCUGGAAAGUGGGAUACUUCAUUUGUAAAUACAUCACAGUUGGGAUAAGCCUCAUACUUUAAGUCUGCAGUUGAUUAUGGGGUCAGUAUUCAUACGAGAAAGAUAAUAAAGGAGUCACUUUAUUUAAAAAUAUAAAGCCCAAAAGACUUGGAGAAGGUCAGAGAGCUUGCGUAUUUAAACAUGAGUCUGUCUAACUUGAUUUUCUGUUCAAAUAGUAGGUGUUUUUUCUUUUUUUUUUUUUUUUUUUUUUUGUUAUGAGAAUAACAAAAUGCUUCAUUUAACAGGCCUCUAUAAACACUGAUGGCCAAAGUUUUCUCUCGUCUUACAAAGUGUCAAGUUACUCCCAAGUUUAAGUGGCUUAAUGUUUUGGUAAUUGUUUUAAAGUUGACUAAUUUUAGUUUUUUUAACGGUUGUGAUUUUAAAAUCCAGAAACUGAAGUGUUCAGUUGUCUCUCUGGUUGAUCUUUUUCAGAAACCUAGAGAAGAUAUGUCCAUAUUUAGUAUAGUUUUCCCAUGAUAAAAAGAAAGUUUAAGUUCUUUUCUCUAGAUCUUAACUCUUUUAUGCCUCUAUCUUGGGUGAAGGACUUUGGUUUUCCUCUGUUAACAAGUUUAUUUUAUCAGUUUAUUUCAAGUUUAUUUUAAGUUUAAGAUCUCAAGAAAUCAAGUCAUUAUCCCGAUAACGUCAUAAAUGUUGUAGACCUAAAAAAUCAACUGCAUUUCAACUUAUCAUAGGGAGGACAAAAAUAAAAUCGAACUGAAUCUUAGGACUAAAUCUGGAGUUGAUUUAAAAUAAAAUCUGUAAAGAUAAACUUUUUACUCAGGCUGUUGAGUUCAUCCUUUGCCGUUUUUGCAGUCCUUAUUGUAAAUGCCAAAUGUAUCAGCUGAAGGUUAUUUGGGACUUCAGAUCUUCACACCUGAUACCUCAUUGAAAAGUCUGCCUGUUUGAAAGCCUUAUAAACCUUAAGCUACUUAACAAUUAAGUUUGUUUUUACAGUUAUUCAUUUGCCUUGGAUAUUUCAAAGAAAAACUCACUCUCACCAGAAUGGAGAUUUCUUAGUUUUUUAAAGGGUGCUCUUUAAGCAGAUGCAAAUUUGAGUCUUGCCUCAAAUAGUGUUGUCUAGUUCUCUCUCUGACUGUAUUCAUGUAAGGACCAAUCAUCCACUUGUUUAUGUUUUCUAAUUAAAUGCAGUUUGAUGGUCUAUGA